AUGGAGAUGUCAGGAGGAGAUAUGGAGGCUGCCUCGUUCGACAACAAUGCCUUGAACACUAGUCAGCAGCCUCAGCUAUUUGGGGCGUCGAAUCCGGAUGGGUCACCCGUCACAACAUCGCUCUCCGGCGCCGUAUUCAUGGACGAGAGCAAUGAUGCAAAGAGGCGAAGGAUUGCCAGGGCAUGCGACAUGUGCCGGAAAAAGAAGAUAAAAUGCGACGGGAAAAUGCCCAAAUGCUCGCAUUGCAUAAAUUAUAAAUCAGAGUGCAUCUUCACUCAGGUGGAAAAGAAACGGAAUCCCCCAAAGGGUGCAAAAUAUAUCGAAGGACUUGAGAAUCGACUUGGGCGCAUGGAAUCGUUACUCCGACUCUCCGGACUACUGUCUGAAAAUGACGCUGGAAAGACCGACCUUGGAGUGCUCGAGAAAAGGCUUGCAGACAGGGCGGCCUCGCCAGGCUCACAGCAAUCGCAAUCGCAACCGCAAUUGCAACCACAACUGCAACCACAACAAUCACAACCUCCAAAAUCAUCCACUGUACCUAAAUCCUACAAUGCUUUUAUGGGCUCAGUAGCCUCACCUUCGAACUCAACACCCCGUGGGGAUUUUAAUACAAGCCCAAGGACGUCUCCCGCUGCAGGAACCCCUGAUUCCCAUAAGGAAUCCGAAGCAGAAGUUGACUCCCUUUCAGAUAUGAUGUGUUCCCUGGUCACAAAUAGCUGUGGGGAAACGCGAUACAUAGUUGAAAAGCAAUACUCGAGGGAUCCAUAUGAAGGCUCUGGGUGGUGGGCUAGCAUCAACGUUGCACUGGCAAUUGCUCACAGAUUACGGGUAAUGAGCAAUCUGGCUCCACAAGAAGAGGAUAAGAAGGCGUGGCUUUAUCUUAAGAACGCUAUGGGCGUGCUCACGGAGCUUACGAUGCGAAAUACUGACCUCCUAAGUGUGCAAGCCCUGCUUGGAAUGGCACUCUUUCUCCAGGGAACGCCAAAUCCCCAACCCUCAUUCUUCCUUGUUGCGGCUGGAAUCCGCUUGUCUCACAGCAUAGGUCUACACAAACGUUGUUCAGGCUUCGGUCUAAAUCCAGUCGAGCUUGAGCAACGAAAGCGCGUCUUUUGGAUUGCCUAUAUCCUAGAUAAAGAUAUAUGCCUCCGGUCAGGUCGACCCCCUGUUCAAGAUGAUGACGAUAUGAAUGUGGAACUACCUAGCGAAGACCCUCCAGAUAACAUUGGCAAUGUUCCCCUUUCCGAUGGUAAAGGGAAGAUAAAUCUAUUCCGCCUCAUGUGCAUAUUUGCAACCAUCGAAAGCAAGGUAUACAGGCAGUUAUAUUCCACAAAAUCGUCACGACAGUCUGAUGGUGAGCUGCUCAAUACGAUUGGUGAGUUGGAUCAUGAACUAGAGGAAUGGAAAAAUAGCAUUCCCCUAGAUUUCAGGCCAGAGCAUGAGAUUAAAACCACCCAUCGGCCGCUGAUUCUUCCUAUCGUUGUUCUUCAUUUUGCAUACUACAACUGCUUGACCACAAUCCACCGAAUGUCGGUUCAUCAUGGAUAUUGGACUAGUCGUCUAUCCAAUUAUGCCAUACAAGGGUUAAAUGCUAGGCCGCUCAACCCUAGGGUAUUCUCUUCCGCUGUUCUCUGCGUAUCGGCUGCACGCGCCUCGAUUAACCUUAUCAAGUACAUUCCGCAGGGUGACUUUGCUUGCGUAUGGUUAAUUCUUUACUUCCCGAUCUCAUCCUUGGUGACUUUGUUUGCAAACAUCUUACAAAACCCACUUGAUGCAAGAGCUCGAUCAGAUGUCAAGCUUAUGAACCUUGUGGUUAACUUCCUCUCGAUGCUUGCCACUGACGAGUCCAACGGCAGCGUCAAGCGCAUGCUUAGCGUUUGCAGCGAAUUCGAAAGAAUUGCUAAAGUCGCCUUAGACCGGGCCGAGAAAGAAUCGCAGUCAAGGCGCAAAAGGAAAACUAGUGACGAGCAGCCUGACUCCAACACAACGCCACAGGAAAGUGAGACUGACGCUCGUCGACCUCGCCCACCGGCAAUGGCACCGAAUCCUCCGGUCACAAAUACACAACAACAUUCAUUUUCCUCACCAUUCACCACUCAUCUUAACCAUAACAUAUCAAGCACAUCCUCGAGUACGUUCCCAUCACCACAAACAUCAUCGCAGAACACGUUCGAUACCGCGGCCAAUGAAGAUAUCACCGCCGCACAGUUGAAAAAUACUGCAAGAUUCAACCAGGAGUUGAAUGAGAUCAUUGGUGGCCCUGGACUGAGCGUCAACCCAGGACUAUUCAACGUCGAUCAACAGCUACCGAAUGAGCCUAUGCCACUCGAUGUUUCGUCAUUCCAGCAACCAUUUGUGCCGCAGGAUCUAUGGCAAAUGCCCAUGACUCUUGAAUGGGACUGGGCGGACAUGUCAAAUGGGUUCCCAUUCUCUAAUGGAGCUACCGAAUAG